AUGUCAGAGCUUUUUCUCAAAACAAGUGUAUCUAUCCGGUCCUUCGUCAAACCUGUGGCGAACCGUGCCGACGCGGACAGUGAUGCAUGUUACACUUCAUUUGCUAGCUACAAAAAUGGGUGCAUGGCAGAAUUCUUCGCAGCACUCCCAGAGGAACAGCAUGAUGAUGCUUCAGGUAGUAAUGGUUAUUUUCAAAUGCUUAAAGUGGCAGUCAGCGCACAACGGUCCUCUGCUGUUAGUCAAAUCAGAUUGAACGGCUCUUGGUUGUUUGCCGGGUACAACUUGCCAGAUAUAUUGUGGAGCACUGACAACGGGGCUGGCCGUCUUGCUUCGUUAGAACUGCAAUCAAUGCUAAAGUUCCCGAAUGACACAGUCCAGUACCCUCACCUCGCAUCCAUUCUCUAUUCUGAUCUCAAGCAAUCCAACACGGGGCUUUUCCAGAAUCCUGUCCUUCCGCAAUUCGCUGCUUCGGGGGGCGUGCAAGAGAUAUGGGCUCUUGGUGUGCCUUGGAAGCGAUGUGGGGUCUUAGAAGAAGACCUAAACCCUGACACAUUUGAUGUCUCUGAUGAUGACUCAGAAGGUUCACACGGUUCAUCGCCAAGCGCUCAUAAGGCGCCAGCCUUGGAAGGCAGAUCCUCAAAGUUCGGACAUAAAAUCAUGGAAAAUAUGCCAAUUGACUCCUUUUAA